AUGUGCAGGACAUAUUUGGAAUAUCUUGAUCUCUCUAGAAAUAGGUUGAUUGGGAAAAUUCCUAGGUGUCUUGAGAAUCUGCAAAAGUUAAACGCCUUGAUACUUAGCUCAAAUCGGUUGUCUAGUGUCAUUCCAAGUUUUAUAUCAUUAUAUCGGUUACAUUUGAAUGGCAAUAACUUUACUGGGGAACUUCCUCGAGAGAUCAUGAAUUUUCAAAGUUUAGCUGUCUUAGAUUUGGGUGACAAUAAUUUUGAUGGAAAUAUACCAGAAUGGAUCGGAGAAAAACUUAAUCCGAUGGUUUUGAGGUUACACAGAAAUAACUUCAGCGGAAGAAUUCCUCGAUCUUUUUGCAGACUUUCAAAUCUUCAAAUUUUGGAUGUUGCACACAACAGCUUAACAGGAACAAUCCCUCCUUGUCUUGGACAGUUGAGUGGCAUGGCUAACCGUAACCCAAAUUGGCGUCUCAUCUCACCGGAUUCUGAUGAGAAUGUGAUUCAGGUCAUGAAAGGUGUAGAUGUUGAGUAUACAAGGACUUGGGAUCUUGUUCUUAACAUGGACCUUUCAAGCAAUAAACUUGUUGGAGAAAUUCCGGUUGAGCUAACUCGGCUUUCUAUGUUGAUGGGUCUCAAUUUGUCUAAUAAUCUUCUCAGUGGGGGUAUUCCAAACAACAUUGGAAACAUGACCAAGUUAGAAUCUGUCGAUUUCUCAAGAAACGAGUUGACAGGGAUGAUACCUUCAAGCAUGGAAGCUUUGACAUUUUUGAGCCAUUUGAAUUUGUCACACAAUCAUUUGUCAGGACGAAUUCCAACCGGACAUCAAUUGCAGCCCCUUGCAGAUCCAUCAAUAUAUGUUGGGAACAAAGAUCUAUGUGGACCUCCAUUGCCAAACAAUUGCUCAUAUUAUGAAGACUAUACAACAAGCAAGAAGAGCUAUGAAGAAGGUGAAGAGCCGAAAAAGGUUUGGUUUUACGUGGACAUAAUGAGUGGUUUUGUGACAGGGUUUUGGGGUAUUAUUGGAGUUUUGUUGUUCAAGAAGCAAUGGAGAAGGAAGCUUUUUAUGUUUGCUGAGGAGACCAUAGACAAGAUAUACAUUGGAGUUGUGGUUAGAGUUGCCAUGAUGAAGAGAGGAAGAGAAGCUCCAUAG